CGCCCACCUAAACGUGCGCGCCGCCGGUGUCCAACGCGACCGUUAGCUGUAGCCGGGCGAAUGCGGUGGUACCAGGGAGGAGAAAAUCUCACCGUCCGUGCCGGGUGAUUGUGAAAAGUCAUUCAGACUGAAACUUUCUGUUGGACGCUGAGGUUUGCCAAGGGAAUAUGAUGUUUAUCAUGUUAAUAACGGUGAAGGACAUGUUGCAUUUGUGAGACAUUUGGACCAUUGUGAAUACUUGUGGAGCCUCAUCCUGGUUAACCGCAUUAUCUCCUGGCCGCUUCCAUCUCCUUGGCUCGCUCUCUUCUACCUCUGAGCCUCUGACAGAUCAGACUCCUCCCCAACGCUGCACGCUUCCCUGUCGAACUUCCUACAUCACCUCAUCCUCACCUCCUAGAGAGGGAGAGAGCAGCAGCCACCAUGGUGCUGUCACAGAGACAAAGGGAUGAACUAAAUCGAGCUAUAGCUGACUAUCUUCGCUCCAACGGAUAUGAGGAAGCCUAUUCUACUUUCAAGAAAGAAGCAGAGUUAGAUAUAAAUGAAGAGGUAGAUAAGAAGUAUGCAGGGCUUUUGGAAAAGAAAUGGACUUCUGUCAUCAGAUUACAAAAGAAGGUGAUGGAGUUGGAGUCUAAGUUAAAUGAGGCCAAGGAGGAGAUGACAUACGGAGGACCUGUGGGUCAGAAGAGAGAUCCUAAGGAGUGGAUUCCCCGUCCCCCAGAGAGAUACGCCCUGAGUGGGCACCGUGCUCCAGUCACAAGGGUCAUAUUCCACCCCGUAUUUUCUGUCAUGGUCACAGCCUCUGAGGAUGCCACCAUCAAGGUGUGGGAUUAUGAGGCAGGAGACUUUGAGCGAACCCUCAGAGGACACACGGACUCGGUGCAGGACAUUUCUUUUGACCAGACAGGAAAGCUGCUGGCUUCAUGUUCAGCUGACAUGAGCAUCAAACUUUGGGACUUUCAGGGGUUUGAGUGCAUCCGAACCAUGCAUGGUCACGAUCACAAUGUGUCGUCUGUAGCCAUCAUGCCAAAUGGGGACCACAUAGUGUCUGCCUCCAGAGACAAGACCAUGAAGAUGUGGGAGGUGGCUACUGGGUAUUGUGUGAAGACAUUUACAGGCCACAGGGAGUGGGUGAGGAUGGUGCGUCCAAAUCAAGACGGCUCAUUGAUCGCUAGCUGCUCCAACGACCAGACAGUACGUGUCUGGGUGGUGGCAUCAAAGGAGUGCAAAGCUGAGCUGAGGGAGCAUGAACACGUGGUGGAGUGUAUUUCAUGGGCUCCUGACAGCGCUCACCCCACCAUCCUGGAAGCUACAGGCUCAGAGAGUAAAAAGAGUGGAAAACCUGGUCCCUUCCUCCUCUCUGGCUCCAGAGACAAAACCAUUAAGAUGUGGGAUGUCAGCACAGGGAUGUGCCUUAUGACUCUGGUUGGACACGACAACUGGGUGCGUGGUGUGUUGUUUCAUCCUGGAGGACGGUUCAUAGUGAGCUGUGCUGAUGACAAAACCCUCAGAAUCUGGGACUACAAAAACAAACGCUGCAUGAAGACGUUGUCUGCCCAUGAACACUUUGUUACUUCUCUGGAUUUCCAUAAGACGGCUCCCUACGUGGUCACGGGCAGUGUUGAUCAGACAGUGAAAGUGUGGGAGUGCCGCUGAGACUACCGUCAACUCUCGUCCUCCCGUUUUUCCCAGUUUCCCCUCUAAAAAAAUGAAAGGAGGCCCUAUCCCUAUGUUUCCUAGCACCUUUCUCCCUUCGUACUGACGCCCAGCCCAGCUCCUCACCUUCAGCAGUCCAAACCAUAGCUGACCAAGAUGCUUAACCCCCCUCCUUGCUUCCCUACUCCUCUACAUUGGUCCAGCCCUGUUAAGAUGACUCAUUGUCCUUUUUGUGUAAAUUAUUCUGGAUGUAGGGUACGCUUAAUAAAUGUCACGCAAUCUCUGACACAUAAAUACACUCAAAACCAUAAGAAACAUCUUUGCAUGGUGACAACAACAACAACAAAAAAAGAAAAACAAUACUGUUAGAUCAAAAAAUGUACUGUUUUUAUUCUUUCCCAUUGGGUCAAAGGGUAAAUCUGUGUGUGCUGGCUCAGGUGUGUUCUGGUUAACUGACGGUGCACAUAAACUAAAACCACCCCUCACUGAGGGGUUUAGGUUAUGUGUUUAGUUUUUUCACUACAUACCUCUGUUUUUGGGAUCUGUCACUGUGAUGUCAGUGGAUGAAGAUGUGAAGAAAGAACGUAAAAAAAAAAAAGAAUCUGUCCAGAAGAGGAUGAAGGAAAAAAGCAGGAAGCAGCUUCUCAGUUGAAUCACAUGAGGUGUGUGUGUGCGUGCGUGCGUGUGUGUGUGUGUGUGUUGACAGGAGAAUCUUUCCGCUACCUCUGCUCUGGUGAGGAGACGGGAGGGAGAGCAGGCAAAGUUUCUCGCCUUCUGUGUUUCAUACUUCAUCUCUUUUAACAAGCUUGCUUUCUAGUCAACACUCACUGGGUCCUAGUGGUCCACAAGCUGCUGAGUGCACGGGCGUGAGCCCCAAAGUAAAAAGUCAUUUCACUUUUCUAGGUGUGUGUGUGUGUGUGUGUGUGUGUGUCACUCCACAGAAUCGCCCAGCGCCCUCUUACUCGCUCUCUGCCUUGUUGACCCAUCCAGGGCUCCCUCAGAUGGGUUUUCAUUCAACUUUCUGUGGUCUCACUGCUCUACACACACACGAACACUCACAAAUGCACAUACACGCACAGUAAAAAGUUGUGUAUCAAUAUAUCUGGAUGUCAUUGUUUGCAGCAUAAUGAAAUAAAAAUCUGUAAAUAAAAA